CGGGUCUUUCUAUAAAGAGAUACACAAUUUCGCGUGCGUCAAUUUGCUAGUUGUUCUUCUUGACACGCAAAAUUCACCCCGCUCUGGUUUUAGCGAAUCUUAAUUUUUCAGAAUGCAGCAAGGCAACAAUCCAAGGCCAUCUUAUGGCGCCCCACCACACAAGAGGUUCAGGAACGCUAAUGGAGGGGCUAACAACAGGAGAAAGCAGCCUAACUUCUCUGCUGACAUAGUGUUCACCACCAAGGCGGGAAAUGUCCAGACCACCCCCUCCUUGACCAAACAGUUGAAGGCCAUCACUGGUGAGACUGUCAUUGGUCUUCAGUAUGUGUGGGAGUACCGCAGCCCCAGUAAGUCAGUCCCUCCCCAUUACCAGUGUAAACUCUGCAAGAAGGUAAGCCGUCUGCAGACUGACAUGCUGGCUCACAUCAAGGGCUGGAAGCACUCCUUCAGAUAUAUGAAGCAAAAUCAUUCUGCCAAGAUGCCCUUUAAGGAAGAUGCUGCCACAAAGGACCAUGAAGUGAGGAAGAAGGUGAAAGCAGCAGCAGCAGAGCUGGAGAGGGCAGAGGGCAGGGGACAGCUAAUGGUGAUUCUGAAGGAGCCCAGUGAGGUCCAAGCGUUUGCAGGACUACGUUCAGCAAUCCCCAACAUGGGGCCACCAGGAGGGAUGGGAGCUAGAGGACCAAAACCAGGUGGCAGGUUUGCAGAGCCUCUGUUCCCAGGGGAGUUCACUCUCCAAGGCGGCGGACUCAACUACCCCAUGGGUGGUAUGGGGGGCUACUCUGACCCCCUGUCUCGCUCCACUCCCUCUACUGCCUUCCAGAAAAGGGACAUGAGGUUCCGAGACUACCCUGACAAUACGGGGGGGCAGAGGCUGGGGGUUUCAGCCGAUGGCUUUGGGCUGGGAGGGGGAAGGGACGGAAGCUUUGGCCAGGAGGGGCUGUUGGGAGAGAGUCCGGGAAGCCGCUACCCUGAUGAGUUCAGAGGGGGACAGAUGGGAAGUGGAUCAGGCCAUGGGUUGAUGGGAGCGGUACCUGAAACCAGCAGCCUUCCGUCCACACUGCUCAAAUACCUGGACAAUUUCCAGAUCGAGAACGAGGGUGAUGCUCAGAUCGUGCUGAAGGUGACACAGAAGCUGACGGAUGUCCUAAUGGACUACAGACUUAGGAGUGUUUCCUCGCAGGGUCCUAGUAUGAAGAGCGGUUUGUCGCUGGGCUCCAUGAGCUACUCCGAUGCUCCCAGAAUGUCUAGCGGUAGUGACCGCUUCUCAGGUGGCUUCUCUGGGAACCUCUCCGGCCCUUCCAGAUACUGAUGGUCCAUCCAGGUACUACAACUGAUCCAUCCCCCACCAAGAUAUACCCUGAGUCCAUGGGGUCUGCAGCUGCCUGUCUAGCCACUGGAGGAUUUUUAUUUUAUAUCGUUAUAAUUUUCCUUCAAAGCAGAAACUCUGACACAAUUGUGUACUUAUUAGUGCAGACUUUGUUUUUACAUAACUUCUUUUGACAUGAAUAGGUUGGACCAAAGUGUGACUUUUAGUUUAAACCAUUGUCUGUAUUCAUAUGUGAUUUUGGCAUAUUUUACUGGGGUUUCUUGGAAAAAAUCUUGUCUAAUGUUUAGAAAUGAAGUGUUUGAUAGAAAACAAGUGUAAUGUUUAGGGAAACAAAUGUUUGGUGGUAAAUGGGUUACUGAUGUACUGA